AUGCACUUCAACCGAGUGAUUCUCGCCUUGAGCGCGGUAGGCUCAGCUCUGAGUCUACCGCAGCUCGCGUCAAAUGGAAACCUCUUCUCGCUUGCAACCAGAGAUACCUGCGGUGAUGAUUUCACUGGCAAAGAACGUUUUGAUUGCGACAAACCCGCGGGUCAUGUCCUCGAAGACAAUGGUUCGAGAUGCGGAACCAAGGACAUGAUUACAGUAAACGAGAACCAAUGCCGAGUCUACUGCGAGGUCAAACGCGUUGGCUUUGUAGGUCGCUGGGAGACUGCCCCAGGCAAAUUCGGAGAGCUUCAGCAACCCGGCAGCAAGGGUAUCAAUCUCGAGGAAGGCCAAGAGACUACAGUGUCUUAUGGCUUCUCGCUCGGACUGGAGGCAUCGUACGAAUCAGUCAUUGGCGGCGGUGCUAGCUUCCAGUGGUCCAAGGCCGAUACAAAGGCCAAGACGGUGCAAAGACAGGCCAGCGGCAGUCCAGACUAUGCGAGCAAAUGGGUCUUUUUCCCAAAAAUGAUCACCACCUGUGGCACCUUGACCGAGAAGAAUUACAUUGAGGCCCAGACCAACGGGCGCUAUGUUGAACCGGCGCAUUGCGGCAGCGAGGAAAAGACUACCCACAAUGUCUGCUCCACGACCUUUGCUACCAAGGAGGGUAGUGUUGAUGCCUUUUGGGCAGAAGUUUUUCUCUGGCCCGACGGAGUCGAAGUCCCGCUAGACGUUCAGAGCGACGCCUUUCGCAGUGCUUACAAGAUGUUCUCCACUGGCCCCUCGGGCCCUGGACCGCUGGGAUCUUGA